AGGAAAACCGCAUUCCAAUCUCCGCAAAAACAUCGUGAGGAGGCCUUCUUUUUCACUCGUUUUCUUGGGGGAAGGAAUCGGUUUGACUUGCUAACCAAAUUGCUUCUGUGAAAACCUAAACAAACAUUAAACGGAAAAAGGGAAAAAGGUUUAUUGAGGAAACAUUUCACCACUAGAUUUGCGUGCAGAUCUUUUAUUUGCAUUGAAGGUGUGGUGAAUGGUACUCGGUCGUCUAGUAGGAAAGCUAAGGAUGAUGAAAAUAAUGAUUUGAAAGGAGGUUAAAAUAGUGGUAAAAAGUCAGUGUAUCCGUGGGCUGCUACAGCAGAAACAUCUGAUGUUAGGAGGUCACCUAGGGAAACCCUAUCUAAGGAAAACAUGACUCUGACAAAUUCUUCUGGUAUGCGGAAGUUGGAGCUUCUUGAGAAGCAGACUGAAAAUUUGAAUUCAAUGACUCCUCCAGCUAAGGGAAAAAGUGAGCGGGUUGAGAAGAAAAAAGAGAACGCUAGUCCUUUGACAAAAUCUGAUAGGGGUGAGAUUUCCUCCUCCUCAUCUUCUUCAGGAUCAAAGAGGUCUGAUAAGAGCCCGGAUGUGUUGAAUAUGUUAAGGAAGAAAGAGAAAAAAGAGAAGAUCUUGAAACAAUUGACAAUGCAAACUGUGGAAGUUAACAAAAUUAAGCAAAAAGAUGUGCAAGCUGAAGAGACACAGAAGAAGAGAAGGGAUGCUCGUUCCUAUAGAGCAUUGUUUACGAAACAACCCAAGAAAGUUGAUGGAACAGAUAGUUGCAAUGAUCUGAAUGGAACUGACAGUGAAAGGAGGGAGGAGGACGUUUUAGAAGAAUUCACCAAGAGAACUCGUGAAAGGACUAUGGCGACAAGUACAAGUCAACUUGCUGAGGAAGAACUUAAAAGAAAUGAUGAGCAUAAAUUGUUUCCCACUAACCAAAAGAAUAGCUGCAAAAAUAUGUCUUCUAAUGGGGGUGAUCCACAAAUGUCUCAGAAUGUUUUGGUCGCAGGAGAAAAGAAUGAUGAUGCUGAAACAACCACACUUAAAGAUCUGCAAAGUCCACAGUUGGUAAACUCCAUCGUGCCUGGAGGGGUCCUUGAUUGUGAUAUCAGUGUGGAGAUGGUUCCAAAAUUCAUGCCUUCUGAAAGGAAAGGUCAUGAUGUAUACAUUGAUUCUGUUGCUUCUCCAAAAAUGUCGAGUAAUGAUAUUGACACCUUCACUGGGGUUGGAACUCCAUUUGCAUCUGGUUGCAAAAGAAAAAAAAUCACCGAGACAUGUGGAAUGUAUUCCGAAAGGCAAAGGGUUGACUGCAAUUCAAAAAAGCAGGAGAUUUGCUCUUCUAAUAUGGAGGAGAGGUUGGCAAAGUAUGUUGCUUAUGAGUGCAAGCCAGAAUCAUCUAGGUUUCUGGAGUACUGGGUUCCUGUACUCUUAUCCAAUGUGCAGCUAGAGAAGUAUUGUUUUACUAUACUUUCAAAUUCUCUCUCUCUGUGCUCACAUUCAAAGACCGAUGCUUGUGGGGUUCUCCGUAACAUUCUUGUCUCUAGCCGAAAGUGUUGUGAUCAUCCCUAUUAUUUGGAUCAAUCACUUAAAACGUUGCUCACUAAAGGCCUUCAAGAGGUUGAAUUUUUGGAGGUUGGAAUAAAAUCAAGUGGCAAAUUACAACUUCUUGAUGCUAUGCUUUGGGAGAUCAGGAAACGAGAGUUAAAAGUGCUUAUUCUUUACCAGUACAUUGGUGGUUCUGGAAGGGAUUUGAUUGGAGAUAUUUUGGAUGACUUUCUGCGUCAAAGAUAUGGUAUAGAUUCUUAUGAACGUGUUGAUAAUGGUGUCAUCCCUUCAAAGAAGCAAUCUGCUUUGAAUAGAUUCAAUAAUGAGAGGGAUAGAUUUGUCUUUCUACUAGAAACUCGUGCCUGUCUUCCCAGCAUCAAGUUAUCUGCAGUUGGUACUGUGAUAAUAUUUGGAAGUGACUGGAGUCCAGUGAACGAUCUAAGAGCCCUGCAGAGGAUAACCUUUGAUUCUCAGUUUGAGCAAAUUAAAGUAUUACGCUUGUAUUCAUCAUUUACCGUGGAGGAAAAACUUUUGAUUUUUUCAAAACAAGAUAAGACAAUUGAUAACAACAUAGUGAAUUUAAGCCCCAGUACUAGUCACAUGCUGCUUAAAUGGGGGGCUUCGUACCUAUUCAGUCAAUUGGAAAAUUUUCACGAUAUUUCAAGGCUGGAUGCAAUUUCCUUGUCUCAGCAAUCACAUUUAAAAGAUGUGAUUCAAGAAUUUUCAACCAUACUGCAUCAAACUGGUAUAGACAAUACGAGCAGGUUGUCCCUAAUUUUACAAGCAAAACAAAAUCAAGGAAUGUAUAGGACAGAAAUGCCAUUGUUUGGUGAGCUGAAAGUUCAAGUGAUGAAUGAAUAUCCACCACACACAUUUUGGACAAAGCUUUUGAAGGGAAAGUGUCCUAGGUGGAAGUAUUCUACUAAUUCUCAGAGGAAUCGGAAAAGGGUUCAAUAUGUUGAUGAUUUUCCAAAAACACCUGAGGCUGAAAGCACUGAAGCUGCAAAGAGACACAAGAAGCUUGUCAGCGAUGGAAUUGAUAAUCCCUCUCCAAAAGCUGUGCUACAAGAGGGGAAAUUGGCUACUGGGGACAGGGAAGGAAGCUCAGGAACCUCAGCAUAUGAUUUUACUACUUUCAGUAGAUCAAUAGCUUCUGGGAGUGAUAAAAUUCACGUGACCUCUACCUCACUUGAUUAUCCCAAUAGUAUCUCAAAAAUACCAGCUCUUAAAAUGAUUGAUUGGGAGAGCAGAAGAAAACAGUGCGACUCACAAAAGAAUCUCCAUGUUCUUUUGAGGCCACAAAUAGCAAAACUUUGUGAAGUUCUGCAUCUCAGAGAGGAUGUCAAGGCCAUGGUUGAAAGAUUUCUUGAAUACAUAAUGAAUAACCAUGUGGUCAAUAGAGAACCAGCAACCAUUUUGCAGGCAUUUCAAAUUUCUCUGUGUUGGAGUGCUUCGGCUUUUUUGAAUCAGAAACUUGAUCAUAAAGAAUCAGUUGCACUUGCAAAGCAGCAUCUAGGUUUUACCUGCAGGAAAGAAGACGCAGAGUAUGUUUAUUCAAUGCUGCGGUGUCUGAAGAGAAUGUUUCUAUACCGUACAGGGUAUUUGAAGGUCCCAAACUCUCCUAAAGCUUCUGGACUAUCACGUAAAGCUGUUGAAAGAGAUCAUUCUGAUGCAACAUCAUACCAGCAAAACAAAAAAGCUAAGAUUGAAGAUUUGUCGGGUUUUCGAGAGGGUUCUGAUAUACAAACCAUUUCAGAGUCCGGAGUUGCCCCAGAAAUUCAAUUGGCAAAAAGAGAUGUUCUAAAAAGCAUCAAAAAAAUUCAGAAAAAGUGUGAUAAGCUGAUGAAAAAACAAAUUGAUAAACAUAAGCAAGAAAUGGAGCAAUUUAUCCAGAAGUAUGAGGGAAAAAAGUCACAACUUGAGAAUAAGAAAAGAACAGAAGCAGCGGUUAUCUGUAUGCAUAGUAAUGUCUCAACAAGGACUGACAAGCUCAAGAAUUUGGAUGCUGAAUAUGCGAGGGAGUUUGAUGAACUAGAACAAUGGAUGGAGACACAUCUUAAGGAUCUUGAGGCAUUACAAGUGGCAGCAAGAAUUAAUAUUCAAGAAAGAAAGACUCGUUGGGUCGAUUCAGUUGAGCACUGGGCUUAUGUCGAGUUGAAGUCACCUGAUGUUAUGAAGAAUCUUGUAUCUAUGGAAGCACCCUCAUUGCUAGCACCAUCAUCUGAAGAAUUUUCUGAUAAAAGCACAUUAAGAAAUGUUGCUGGGGAGAACUUGAGAGAAUCAGGAACUAUCAUUACUAGUGAAGGCCGAGAGAACUUUUUCUCAUUAGAACCGUCUUCAUUUGUAGCAAUUCAUGAUGAAUCCAAUUUAAACAAAGUGGAUGGGGCUGUUCCUUUGAGAGAACCCGUGGUUGCCAAUUCUGGUGAAGGUAAGGAGAAUCUUGUCUUAGCAGAAGCACUUUCAUCUGAAAAAAUUCCUAAUGGAGCUGUAUUAAACGGUUUUGAUGGUGAGGUUCAUUUGGGAGCUCCUAAGAGUGUCAGUUCUGGGGAAGGUUAUGAGAGUUUGCCAUCAUUUUUGGUACCUUCCUCUGAAGAAAUUCCUGGUGGAACCACAAUAAACACUGCUGACAGUGAGCUUCCCUUGUGUAGGCCAGAAGCUAUAUAUUCUACUGAAGGUCAAGGGAAUAUCAUGUCUGCUAAUUGUUCAUUUGAGAAACAGAAUCCCGGUGAAGCCACAUUGAAUGUGCCUCAUGAAGAAAUUCCAAAGAGUGUAUCUGAGAUUGCAACUUCCUGUGAUGGAAUAGAUAUUAUUGUCUGCACAAAACCCUCUGUGUCCAAAGAACAAAUACCUGAUACAGCUGCAUGUUCUAUGCCUGCUGAAGAGGUCCCUUUGGCAGAACCUGAAACUGCUCCUAGUGAAGUCCUCAAGGGUGGUAAUGUUCAAAGGGUGAAUGAUGGAACAAGUCCCAUUGAAAAUGAACAGCAGGAUAGUGUACAAUGCACUAUGAACAGGGAACAUGAUACAGCCGCAUAUUCUAUGCCUGCUAAAGAGUUUCCUUUGGCAGAACCUGAAACUGCUCCUAGUGAAGUCCUCAAGGGUGGUAAUGUUCAAAGGGUGAAUGAUGGAACAAGUCCCAUUGAAAAUGACCAACAGUAUAGUGUACGAUGCACUAUGAACGGGGUACAUGAUACAUCUGCAUUUUCUAUUCCUGCUGAAGAAGUCCCUUUGGCAGAACCUGAUGCUGCUCUUAGUGAAGUGCUCAAGGUUGGUAAUGUUCAAAGGGUGAAUGAUGGAACAAGUCCGAUUGAAAAUGAUCAGCAGGAUAAUGUACAAUGCACUAUGAACAGGGAACAUGAUACAGCCGCAUGUUCUAUGCCUGCUAAAGAGUUUCCUUUGACAGAACCUGAAACUGCUCCUAGUGAAGUCAAGGGUGGUAAUGUUCAAAGGGAGAAUGAUGGAACAAGUCCCAGUGAAAAUGACCAGCAGGAUAGUCUACGUUGCACUAUGAACAGGGAACAUGAUACAGCUGCAUGUUCUAUGCCUGCUGAAGAGGUCCCUUCCGCAGAACCUGAUACUGCUCUUAGUGAAGUCCUCAAGGGUGAUAAUGUUCAAAGGGUGAAUGAUGGAACAAGUCCCAUUAAAAAUGAUCAGCAGGAUAGUGUACAAUGUUCUAUGAACAGGGAACAUGAUACAGUCGCAUGUUCUAUGCCGGCUAAAGAGUUUCCUUUGGCAGAACCUGAAACUGUUCCUAGCGAAGUCCUCAAAGGUGGUAAUGUUCAAAGGGUGAAUGAUGGAACAAGUCCCAUUGAAAAUGACCAACAGGAUAGUGUACGAUGCACUAUGAACAGGGUACAUGAUACAGAUGCAUUUUCUAUGCCUGCUGAAGAGGUCCCUUUGGCAGAACCUGAUGCUGCUCUUAGUGAAGUGCUCAAGGUUGGUAAUGUUCAAAGGGUGAAUGAUGGAACAAGUCUGAUUGAAAAUGAUCAGCAGGAUAAUGUACAAUGCACUAUGAACAGGGAACAUGAUACAGCCGCAUGUUCUAUGCCUGCUAAAGAGUUUCCUUUGGCAGAACCUGAAACUGCUCCUAGUGAAGUCCUCAAGGGUGGUAAUGUUCAAAGGAAGAAUGAUGGAACAAGUCCCAGUGAAAUAGACCAUCAGGAUAGUCUACGUUGCACUAUGAACAGGGAACAUGAUACAGCUGCAUGUUCUAUGCCUGCUGAAGAGGUCCCUUCCGCAGAACCUGACACUGCUCUUAGUGAAGUCCUGAAGGGGUAUAAUGUUCAAAGAGUGAAUGAUGGAACAAGUCCCAUUAAAAAUGAUCAGCAGGAUAGUGUACAAUGUACUAUGAACAGGGAACAUGAUACAGUCGCAUGUUCUAUGCCGGCUAAAGAGUUUCCUUUGGCAGAACCUGAAACUGCUCCUAGUGAAGUCCUCAAGGGUGGUAAUGUUCAAAGGGAGAAUGAUGGAACAAGUCCCAGUGAAAAUGACCAGCAGGAUAGUCCACGUUGCACUAUGAACAGGGAACAUGAUACAGCUGCAUGUUCUAUGCCUGCUGAAGAGGUCCCUUCCGCAGAACCUGAUACUACUCUUAGUGAAGUCCUCAAGGGUGAUAAUGUUCAAAGGGUGAAUCAUGGAACAAGUCCCAUUAAAAAUGAUCAGCAGGAUAGUGUACAAAGUACUACGAACAGGGAACAUGAUACAGCCGCAUGUUCUAUGCCGGCUAAAGAGUUUCCUUUGGCAGAACCUGAAACUGUUCCUAGCGAAGUCCUCAAAGGUGGUAAUGUUCAAAGGGUGAAUGAUGGAACAAGUCCCAUUGAAAAUGACCAACAAGAUAGUGUACCAUGCACUAUGAACAGGGAACAUGAUACAGCUGCAUGUUCUAUGCCUGCUGGAGAUGUCCCUUUCGCAGAACCUGAUACUGCUCUUAGUGAAGUCCUCAAGGGUGGUAAUGUUCAAAGGGUGAAUGAUGGUACAAGUCCCAUUGAAAAUAAUCAGCAGGAUAGUGUACAAUGUACUAUGAACGGGGAACAUGGUACAGCCGCAUGUUCUAUGCCUGCUAAAGAGUUUCCUUUGGCAGAACCUGAAACUGCUCCUAGUGAAGUCCUCAAGGGUGGUAAUGUUCAAAGGGAGAAUGAUGGAACAUAUCCCAGUGAAAAUGACCAGCAGGAUGGUGGACUAUGCUCUAUGAAUAGGGAAUCUGAACUCCGAGAACCGUCAUCUGAUCUGGCUAAUGUCAAUUCUCUUCCAUAUGCUUCCUCUGAAGUGCAUGCAAGAUGCAUUGCAAACAAUGAAAUGCAAAAUGCUUCUCAGGCAGCUGAAAUUUCAACAUGUACUGGUGCCAUUGAUGUUACUUGCAACAUGUCCAAUCCUGAUGCCACUGUUGUGGAAGUUUCAGAGCAAAUGCAGCAGCUGAGAUCCUCUGAAUCAACUUCUAACCUUUCUCCUCCUGAUCUACCUUUUUCUAGUCCAGUUGAACAUCCAUCAAACAAUGAAGGCCAAACUUCCAACCAAAGUUCUCAGGCUCCAAGGCAACCAGUAGCAUACCAUAUUGAGCUCUCCGAUCAAGAUGUCUUGCAGCCUCUGGAUUCAUCGAUUGAUGGUGUUAUUGAUGGGCUUGUGAUGCAGGCUUCAGAAACAAGGACAGCUUCAGUCCCUUCUGUUUCUAAUGGCCUUCCCUUGUGGACUGCACCUGCUGUUUCAUCUCGGAUGCCUGUAACCUUUUAUCAUGAUCCACUUCAAAAUGAAAUGGAAAGAAUAAUGAAGGAAAAAGAGCAAACCAACAAGGUUUAUGAAGACACGAAGCUGCAACUGAAAUUGAAAUGUGACAAGGAGAUUGAGGAGGUUGUAGGUCAGAUUCAUAGAAAGUAUGAUGUUAAACAUGAGGAGAAAGAAGCAGAAUUUCUUCUCCAGAUAAAGGAGCUUGAUGCAAAUUACAGUAAGGUUCUCUUGAAUAAGAUCUUGGCUGAGGCUUUCAGAUCUAAAUGUAUGGAUAAUAGGGUAUCUGGUUCAAAGGGAGCAAUGCAAGAGGCAAAUUCUAGUUUCUUGCAGCAGCUGUUUCAACUUUCAUCGCAACAGGUGGUACAACAGCAUUCCACUGCUUCUGGUCUCCCUUCAACCAGUUCAGCUUCUAGCAUGCCAACUGUUCCAUCUGCUGUAGUCAAUGCACACACCAUGGGUCCACCUCUGCAAGUUGUUAACCCUUUGGCAUUAUUCUCAGGCACUCCGACUAGACGUCCUCAUAUCAGUACAAUCUCUUCUUCCACAAGAAACCUUCAAACAGGCUCUGAAAUUCGUGCUCCUGCCCCACAUUUACAGUCAUUUAGGCCUUCGUCGUCCAUUUCCCCAAGUAGUAUCCCAUUGCAUUCUGGUGGAAUGUCAAGUCAGCCGGCACAUAGUAACCAUCCUGCAGCUUCUAUGUCAUUGCACCAGUCGAACCCCCUUGCACACAUGCAGGCAUCAAGUUCAAGCCAAUCUGGUAGGACCCAACAUGAAAUUUCCAGACGUUUCACAGCUCCGCCAAACCCUCGUUUACCAUCAUUGGAUGUUUUAAUGGACGUACACAAUCCAUCAGGUGCCAAUGCAAAUCCCCCAGGCUUUUUGUUGCCAAAUAGUAGUUCAAGGUCGGCUACGAGGUUACAUAGGGAACCUGACAUGCCUAGCAGUCAGUCAUGGUCAGCACAGCAAAGUGGAGGAGCAACCGACAUUAUUUGUUUAUCUGAUGAUGACUAACCAUAGCCAUUAGGAUGUGAUAUCCUUUAACUUGGAUCCAACUAUAGUGCAGUGUUCAAUCCAAUUAGUUUGUUUUUUUUUUUUGAGUCAAGUGGGGCUACUAAUUGAUGUGGGAAUUGGAUAUGGGGGCUGAAUGAAUGUUUAUCUAAUUUUGCAACAUGUAUUCUUUCAGUUGCCAAUUUUGCUCUUAUUGGAGCAGCGGACCAAAUCAGUCGCAUCCCUGACCUACGAACCAAAUUCCGAUUGGAUGGAUGUGCUUAGGUCUAAGUGGACCUUCCAUAUUUGACGAAUUUGAUACCUUUAUUA